AUGUUCGACAAUGCUAUGGAAGCUGAAGAAAUAUCUGAUGUCUGUGAUAAUUAUCUUCUGUGUGUGUCUGAAAGCAAAGACAGUUUAAGAAAUAAGAGCCAGGAAAAUGUUGUCAUAGGCAUAGUGGUAAGUAACCUUGAAUAUUUUCUGUAGCCUUUUAUACUCUUUGAGAUGCAUGGGUUUCUGCUUUAAUAGCAGUUCACCUCCAUAUGUGUAAAUAAGUAUUUAGUUUUUAUUAUCUUUACUUUUUUUUAGGCGGCUCAGCCUACUACAGGAGAAGUUAUUUAUGACAGUUUUCAAGAUUCUGUAGGCCGUAUAGAGUUGGAAAGUCUAAUUUUACGCCUGCAGCCUGUUGAGAUUAUUCUUCCUGCAGAUGUGUCAGAUCAAACUGAAAAACUUAUCAAUACUGUGACUUCUGUAAGGUACGCUUCUAUGUAACAGAUACAUUUGAUAUUUUUAUUUGGACACUGGUACCAGGCCUUGAGCUAGACCAAGGCAACAAUGGGAAGAAAAACUGAACUGGAAGCCUUGGACAAGUGAAAAUAUACUAAGUUAAAAAUAAAUGGAAAUGAUUUGUCUUGUCUUCAGUGGCAAACUGCAGCUGCUGUAGCAGUUGGGUUCACUGUAGUCAUUGUCCAAAUAAUCUUUUAUUAAGUUUUCCUUUUUUUCCUUUGUUACAAUCAAAUAAAAUCAUGUCAUCACAUACAUCUUUGCUCAAACUGAGCAUCGACUUCCCCUCCCACUCCCUGCCUUCCAUAGAUAUUCACAUUCAUCUUAGCAUUUUUAUAUUCCCCUAUUUACCUUCUUUCUGUGCUUAAAAAAAAAUUAACUGAUAUUUGCAAACAGGUGUCAAGUCUUAACCUUACAAAAUAUUUUAAGUCAGUCCUGCAAACGUUUUCAAAUGUUUACAGUGUUCCUUCAUAUAUUGUAAAAAUUUACUCCAGUCCUUUUCAAACAGUUCGUCACGCUGGUUUCAGAUUUCCCCCGUCAGCUUCGCCAGUUCUGCUUAUUCAAUCAUCUUAGUCUGCUAUUCUUCCAAUGUUAGAAGUUCCUGCUGCUUCCAUUUCUGGGCUAAAAGUGUUCUCGCCGCAGUGGUAGCAUACAUAAAUAUGUUUAUGUCUUUUGGGGGAAUUUUUUCUCCUGUUAUACCCAGUAAGAAAGCUUCUGGUUUUUUGCUAAAAGUAUUUUAAAAAACCUUUUUCAAUUCGUUAUAUAUCAUAUCCCAGUAGGCUUUGGUCUUAGUACAUGUCCACCACAUAUGAAAGAAAUUCCCUUCCUUCUCCUUGCAUUUCCAACAUACCUUAUCUUGAGUUGGGCUCACUGUAGUCAAGCGACAGCAAUGGGUUUGGGGUUCCACAGGAUCUUGGGCUGGCUCAGCCCCUCCCUUCCCCUCCCAGAAUGCCAUGUAUUGGAGUUUCUGCAAGCUUCUGCUUGUGCCAUUGGGUGCUACUUCAAUCAGCCCAGGUGGAAAGGGAGCUCAAGGCUGAAAAAGUGAUCAUUCUGUGAGUACAGGUCAGCAGAGUUGUUUUGGACUCAGCAGAAGGAAACUUCCAUCCCAUCCAACGCCCACCAAGUGUGACGGAUUGGGUGCAUCAGUGGUUGCCUUAAUCUUGUUCAUGGUUGCAUCCUUUAGUUCAGAAGCUGUCGUUUGUGUCUAAUUCUCAGUGGUUUGGAAGUGGGUUUGUGAAGCACAAAAAUAAUCUGCAUAUUCUUUAGUGAUAAUGCUGUCUUAUUUUCAUGUUAUAUGUGUAUUAUUUGCAUACUGGUAACCUCUAGCAAUUGAAUUACAAAUUAUUUUCUUCAUAGGCUAAAUGUGCUAUAAUUCAGUUCAGAGUCUUUUUGUUGUUUGGUAUUUAUUUUACAUCUUUCUUAAUAGUAAUAAUGUGUGUUCCUUAUUAAUACUGAUGCUUGAUACUUUACAAUGAUUUCUUUCUGUCAUCCAUCUGGAUCACUAAAUGAUCUGUGAAGUGGGCUUAGGACUGCAGCACUUGGUGAUGGAAGUAGAAUGACUUUUUAUGCUUAUGAAGUAUAUUAUUGGAAGAUGCAUUAAAGCAUGUGUGCGCCUGAAUAAUUUGUGGCGAUCACUAUGGGAAUGAGUACACUAUGAAUUUGAGUCAGUUUUCUAAUCUGCUACAGGCAUAGGUACUAAAUCUAUUAAAGAAUUUUAAAAGCCAUUGUUUAUUUUGUUCUAAUAGCUGUGAAUAAUUUGAUACUAACAGAUGGUGGCCUGCUGUUUAAAAAUUAGUCUGUUGCAUUCAGGAGUGCCAGUUAAUGUAGCUGUGAGAUGAAAUCCACUUUUCCUUAGUUUUCACUUUUCCCUGGUUUUAGCAGUUAGGAGCACCUACGCAUUCACUGUUCUGUGUUUGGUAAUCACUGUUUGCAUCAUGUUCUAACCUUCCAUACCUUUUCUUAAAAAAAAUUAAUGUUUUAAAAUAAUUGUUUUAAAUUAAAAUGUAAGAAUAAAUUUUGACAUUUCCUUUCUGCCUUUGAGAUGACUUCCAUAUAGAUUUAGAUGUGUUCCUAGUGAAGGAAGUGCAGCAGCAGAGGCAGAGCAUGAUGUGUGACUGUAUGGGUUCACUGGAUGUAUCUGCAUCUUUCCCUCCCCUUCAAGCAUAUAGUUAACGUUCAAUGAAUACUCAAUACUAAUUAAUGAAUGAAACUGAUUUUUAUAAUCAGUUGUCUGAUGUUUAUAAACUUAUGGCUUCUGUUAAAUUAUAUUAAAGUUUUAACAUUACAAACCUGUGUUAUCUGAUAAGCUCCUUAACUGAUAGCAGCUAGAUUUUUUUCAUCUCUAGUAGCCCGUAGGAAGGAGUAUUAAUAGACCAACUUUCAAGGCUAAAUGGAUGUAAUUAGGAAUUCAAAAUCACCACCCAAAUGCUAUAGUGUUUUGAACAGAAAAGUUACAUAACAAACUGGUUUACCAUGAUAAACUCUUUGCCACUAGAGGGUCCUAUAGGGUUUCAUAUUCAUCAAUGCACUCCAUAACUCUCGUUCUUUUUCUAAAUAUUUUCUAUAGGAACAAUCCCUUCAAAAUUAAGACAUUAUUAAGUCACUGGUUUCAACUGAGGAAAUGUAAACAUUUGUUUAUAUACAGUAAGGAUUACUAGCUUACCCUUUCAAAACUUUCCAAAAUGUCUUAGACAACAUAAUAAAAAAAAGUAUUAUAAAAAUAUGCAAAUAAAAGUAGUUUUCAAAAUAGCAUACAGUUAAAGAGAUAAAACUCCCAUUUAAAAUGCUAGGGAAAAGUAUAUUACUUACUUACUUACUUAAUUAAUUAAUUAAUUACUUUUACACCCCACCUUUCCUCUGAGGAUUCCAAGGUUAUGAACAUGAUUACGUAUACCCACCCACACAACAAGUCUAGGAGGUAGGUUUGAUUGAGAGGCAGUGACUGGCUGAAGGUCACCCAAUGAAUUUCAUGGCUGAAGAUAUUUUAAUAUUGGUCUUCCAUGUCAUAGUCUGACACUCUUAUACCACACUGGCUCUUUGUAUGCAAAGUUCCAUAUCUUGAGGAUAAAAUCAUAAAAUUGUACAGCUGGAAGGAACCACGAGAGUCAUCUAGUUUUGGUCAAAUCUUGAUGUAGAAUUGCUUGGAGCAAUGGAAGUGGGAUUACAAUCAGUGGCAUUUUCAUGGGUCAUUUUAUUUGAUGAUAUAAACAUACCUUCUUUUUUUAUGUGUCUGGGGCAUUAACUUUCUUAGGGGGUUGCUUCCCCAGGUUAUUAUCCUUUGCUAAUCUUCUUUUCUAACUCUGGUAACAACUAAAUGUAUGAUGAAUCCAACUUACUCUUCCACAAGUCAAAGACUAGGUUAUUGUAAUUAAAAUGGUUAAAGUAACUUAAUGAUUUUUACUCUCAAUGAAUCUUCUAGGUCAGAUGAUAAACCAUAAUUUUAGCUGCCAGAGAAAUUAACCUCCUAAACCUGCUCCUUCUGGAGAGCUACUUUCAAAAGUAUGUAUUGUUUUUUGAUAAUGUGCUUCACCAUACCUAGUUGGGAAUAACUUCAAUAUGUUCUGAGUGCAAGAAGCCUAUGUGAUUUAAAGUUAGUAGAAGGUUCUUUUGCUCAAUCUAAGGUUUAUCCCCUUUUUAAUCCAUUUCAAACUCUUUCCUCUAAAUAGCCUUUCCUCUUAAGUGCUGGCAGUGACUACUCUCACUGCCUUGUUUGUUACUUUUGUGUCCAAGGCCUGUCUUGUUGCAGCAUAUCCACGAUGAUUGGAUGUCAGUGAAUCUCAGCAUCAAUUAUUUGUCUGAGAGUCUCUUAAUUUGGUUUGCAUUUGCACAUUCUGCUGUAACCCUGUUUCAGCCUUCAGGGCAACCCUGUGUUAACGACAGCAUCCUCUAUUUCAGUGACCUGAAAUCGUCUAGCCUCCUCAAGAUCUGUUUUUUAUAAUGUAGGUACAAUACUACAGUUGACAUGAGCAUCAGGCCAUUCAGCAUUGCUACAAGCACUGCAUAUUAAUUGUUAGGUAUAUGUCUUUCCUAUUGCUCUAAAAUGUAGGAAAUGUUCUAAUGCAACUCACUUGCAGUAAUUAUCUGUGGUCCAUGCUUUGCCUGUGUAAUGUUCUGCCAGUAUUUAGGUACCACCCAUACUCAAGCAAGGAUUGACUUGCUAACAGUAGGUUGUAUGUGUGUGAGAGAGAGAAUGUAUCCUGUAGGGUGGAGCAUUUUCUACUGCUAUGUUUUUCCAUGGAAACAAUCAUUGUUUUGUAAAAUUAGUAAAAGUAUAAUGAAUGCCAGUUAAAUUCGGAAGUUUCAAAAUUGUAAUUACCUUUCUUUAGGUGUCUGGUUUUUUUGAAGCAUACAUGUAUUUCUAGUAAAAAAUAAAUACAUAGUUUGGGGGGAGAUGUUUAAAUCAGUAUAUUAGCAGUUUUCAGUCCCUUUUUUCUCAGGAUUUUAACAGUAUUAUUUGUAUUAGUAUUAUUUCUUCAAUUUAUUACACAGCCUUCACCAUCAGGUCCCAGGGUGGGUUACAACAAUUAAAAUUCAACAGUAAAAACAGUUGAAACAUCUUGUAGUUAAAGGAAUAGGUUUGGAUCUGAAAACACACAUUUCAGGUGUAAAAGGCUAUGGAAAAGAGUUGUGUCUUCACCAUAUGGUGAAAACUGUAUAAUGAAGGUAUCAUACACACAUCUGUGGAGAUGAAAUUUCAUAGCUUAGGAGAGUGUUCUCUUCCUGGGCCCCACUCUCUGAACGUCUGAGGAUGGUGGAACUGCUAAGAGGUCCCCCUCUGUUGCUUUUAACAUGUGAGAGAUUCUGUGUACAAGGAGGUAGUCUUAUGUGGGGCCUAAGUCAUAGAGUUUUAAGUCAUUUGGGGCCCCAGAAGCAAGUUAUGCUCAAAAACAGGUUAUAUAAUGAAGUGGAUACUACAAGUAGUCAUUUAUUAAAAUAUUGACAGGUGUUCCUAUGAAAAAAUAUAGCUUUGGUGUACAAGUUACCGAUUUCCUUCUAAAACCAACUAUUUCAGUUCAACAUCCAACUACUUUUGGCUAUUGGGAAAACCUUAGAAUGGAGAUAUCCAAUGUUGUGCCCUCCCAGAUGUAAUGGGGGCUGCAGCUUCCCUUAUCCUUAACUGUUGGCUCCGCUGGCGAAAGUGGAGAGCACCAUGUUAGGUACUACUGCUUUAAAGAUAUUAAUAGAGCAUGUAAAAUUGAUAUGGCAAAUAUAAAUGAUAAAUCUGAUCCUAAUUGCUAAGAGCACUGGGAAUAAAACUUUCCCAGGAAAUUUGUUUUUUCAUAAUUUUGGGGGAAACUGUCUUGCUGGAUAUUAACUGAUAUUAAUAUUGUAGUCUUAAACUGUUGUAACCUACCCUAAGAUGUCAUGGUGAAGGGCAGGCAAAAAAAUCUAAUGAAUGAUAUUUCAAUGUGUGCAUAAUAUAAUAGGAAUAAGACAACUCAGGCCAUUGGGAAAACAAAUUACUCUAUUUUGGAUCUCCCUGGUUCUUGGCAUUGAAAUUUUCCUAACUUUCUGACUUAGCUUUGCAUUUAACUGAAUUGUUGGCCCUAUAGUUUUUCUGCGUUAUAGGAGAAACUGAUACCAAUAAGUUAAAUUUCCAGUAUCUAGCCGAGAUAUCAAAGUAGUACUUUCAGCUAAAUGCGAAUUAUCGCUCAUAGGUGGGACAUUUAUUUUUCUUUAUUCUCUAUCCCCUCCAUAGUGCUCAUGUGUUAUCUCUCUUUCUACUCUCAUUGUCAAGACUAUUUAUUUGGAGGUGACACAGGAAGCAGGCAGAUAAACAGAUUAUUCCAGAUAGUGUAGGGCUCAGGCUUCAGUCCUAUACAUAGGAGUAAAUCCCAGUGAAAUUGGUGGAACUUAUUGCUGAGUAGACAUUGCAGUGUAAGUAUACAAAUGAUUGAGAAGCCAGGCCAGAUGCUGUAUAAGACCAGAUUAUACCAGUUGUCCCACACUGAUCCAGUAACAACAGUACUACUUUCUGGCUAUCUCAGGCUUUCAUUCUAAAAGGUAUGACACAAAAGGAAAAGAAAUUGGGAAGUAUGAAGGGGGAAAAGCAAACUCUGGCACUGUUUCCUAGCUGUAAAGUUUGUGCAAUGAUCAGUGGGAAUGGAAAGAUUUCAAGGAGAGAAGCCAAAAGUGGCUGGUCUUUCAACACAGCAGAUGUGGAGUCCCUGCAGUCCUAUCUCUCCUUUUAUGUGUCUAAUGGAAUGGCUGCUAUCGAUGGCUUCUGGAGAGGAAGUCUGAUGAAGCCAGUGUUUUGCAGAGCAGGUGAAGAGGCCCUGCAGCCUCAUCUCUAAAUUUUUCUCUUGCAGCCCAAGGUAGUGAACAAAGUGUCCAGGUCAUGCUGCUAGAGUCCCUAGUUUGUGUCUCCUGCGUAGUACUGUAAUGAGAAGGCAGUGAGUACAAGGCACAAAGUAACUCUUGUUGUAGUUGUCUUUUUUCCCCCUUCGGGAAUCUUUAUUUGUGAUUUCCCAGUUUUUAAAAAAUAAUAGUAGACUUGCAGUGACAAAAUCUGCAGCAGUCCUCCACUUCUGUUUACCAGUGCCUUGAAAAGUCACUAAUACAGAAAUGGAAAGGAGGAAUUAUCUGUUAAUGGCCUCACAAUGCAAUAUCCUAAUUGCUGAGAUAAGGAUAUACAAGUGUAUUACUGGCAGUUGGAUAACUCUGUUCUACCUGUGUCAGGAGAUAACAUCGCUCAAACUAGCAAACCUUCAGUUUGUGUGUGGCUGCCCUGUGUGAUGAGCAACUGAACUUCAUGCUAAGGCAUCUGCCUAAGGUGUAUCUUCAAGUCCAGAACUGAUCCUGCCCUCCGAGACUGGUUUUUAGAUACUCUUGAACAGGAAUGACUAUAAGAAUACUUUCUGUUCGAAUUAAAUUUUGUCCAAGCAAUCUCCUAAUCAUGGCUGGACAGGGCUAUGCAUUUACCAAGCCCAAUUAUUAAGAAUAUAAGAGUCCCACUGGAUGUGACUGAUGGCCCAUUUAUCCCAGCAUCCUUUUCUCACAGUGAUCAAACAGAUGCCUAUGAAAAAGUUGAAGGAGGACAUCAGUCCAAAAGCACUCUCUCCACUUGUGAUGAAGCUGUAUCCCAGUUUCCCAGCAUAGGUACACAGAGACAUACUGAAGGUGGACCAUUACUAUCAUGCCUGUGUUUUGUCUGUGACUGUCAAGCACCCCUUGAUCCAUUUUCCAGAAUUCACUAAAAUAACUUAUUAGCAGUGUGUACACAGUAAUUCUUCUAACCCUUAAUAUUGGAAAUGAGGUGACUUAAAGAAAAGCUUUUUAAUAAAAGAAGAAUCUGAUCAGUUAUUUAAAUACCUAAAAUUCAGAUUUGUAGCCGUAAUUGAUGUGAAUUUAACUUUUAAUUUUCUAGAGGACUGGAAAGGUCUGGCCUCCUACCAGAGGGAGUUAUUUAACAAGCUAUAGCAAUUUAAAUACGUGGUAAAGUAGGGUGGAGAACUGCAUCUGGCUGGCAGGCCAGAUGGUUAUUUCCCCCACCCCUUGUGGGUCAAGUUUGACAGUGACAUUGGGUGAUCUUUUUUGCUUGCAUGGGUCUCCAAAAGCCCCUUGCAAAGAUCUGCAAUGUAGCACUUUUCAGGAGACUUAGCAAGACACAACAACUAGCUGAUCAUCGUAGCCCCUUGCAAAAUGCUAUGUUGCCAUAGGGUUUUGCAGGCAGUGCCAGAGAAAACCCCUUUUGGCUGAGCCAAGUUUUUACCUGCCCCAUACCUGAUACUAUAUAUGAUAUAAGGUGUAAGAUAGGAGGGCUUGGCUUAAAUGGCCUUACAUGCCCAAAGGGAAGGCCUGGUGGGCCUAAUUUCCUGCACCUUUUGUAAAGUGUAAUAUAUAUGCAGACUGUGCACAAGGAGAGAAAUUGCUAUGACUGACUAAUUUCAUGGUUCACUCUUGGUGCAUUUUGCAGAUAUCUUAAUGUAUGCUUUGUUGGUCUGGAGUAUGCCCUAUCCAAAUUUACUAGGGCUAUUUGCAUUCAUCUGGUAUAUCAUACAAUGUGGUUAGACAAUAUAUAUGUGCUGGACUGCAUAUUUCUCAUGCAGUGUUUUCCCCACCCUUUAAGAACACUAGCAGUGGAAAUAUUGCUGUAACUGCUGGACGCUUCUGUUUCUUUCUUUCUUUCUUUCUUUCUUUCUUUCUUUCUUUCUUUCUCAUUCCCUAUUAAAUUCCACUGACAAUGCAAACAUGUGCUUCCUAUAUCCCUGCCCUGGCCUCAUCUGAACAUAUGCAACUGCUGGCACUUCACUAGUUGUGACUAGAUUAGGCUUCAGAGUUGCUGAUACUGGCAUUGAAAGAGCUGCUUACAGGAGCCCAUGAUGCUGAACUUGCUUCCAGAUUCCAGAUUCAGAAUUGAUGGUUAUGCAUGUAUGACUAUAAAACAAGAAUGGAAAGUAUGAUCUGUUAUUUGGCUUCACAGAAAAUUGAAAAAAUGAAUAGAGAUGAGCUUUAAAUUUUUUUUAGCUGACUUUGAUUUCAUUUAAACAUCAUUUACCUCUACUUCUGUUUGAAACCAUUAUUACCCGGGAAGCGGGGGGGGGGGGUCCUAAAAAGCAAUACUGACAGCUAACAACUUUUGUUUAUGGUCUUCAGUCCUCACAAAAAUAUUUUAAUGAAACCUCCAUAUAUGAAUGUAGUAUAUGGGACUGAAAUUGUUUCAGAACUACUUCUGAAGCAGGUAGGCACACAGUAAAUGUGUUAAGUAAGAGAUAGUAAGAGAUAGUGUUUCUCCAUUGAAUAUGAUGCAGUAUAGCAUUCAUAAAACACUUUUAUAUCAUCUUCACUUAAAAACAUUCUCGUGCUGUCAGUGUUGGUCAGCAGACAGCCAUGCAUGGUCCCAGUUAGAUUGCGAUCAUGUUUAGAUGAAGAACUGGGGCAGAUUCAAAGGAGAGUUGUUGCGGAGUCAGAGUUAUUGCAGGCCAAGAUCUGAGCCAGCAGACAUUCUUAGCAGGCUAAGGUGGGCAGAGAAAAAGGAGGAAUAGACAUUAUGACAGUCAAAGAAGCAAAGUUAGGGAGUGACAGAACCAAGGCGAGAGUUGCCUUGUUGCACAUGCAAAUACUUACUGCAAGCUAGGAGCAUUUAUGGUCUGUCCAGGAAGAACCAAUGGACUGUUUAGGGAUGGAACCAUUCUGCAGGCUAUGUAAUAAUAAAUUAUUAUAUUAUUAUAUAGGAAAGCAAUAUUUGUAUUUUCUUCCUACACUCUUAAUCCCCAUUGUUUGCCGUCAAGGGCAAUAGAAGACCAAGGAGGAGCGCUCUAGUUCAAGAUUUAGUUGAACCUUACACUAAGUUUUUAUGUGGUUUAAGGUUUUAAAGGAGUUGAUAGCAGAAGGGAUAAUAGUGGUUCAUUGCAUUGGUCAUAUAGUUUCUUUGAGAUGUACACAUUUUUAUAAUCUGGGUAAGAUUUAGUCUGAUCAGUUAGGUCUGUUUUAUUUUUCAACCUGUAGAGAACAUCUGUAGAUAGUAGUUUUGUUAAGAUUUGGAAGUAUAUUAGUAGUCUGACUCCCUCAGGAGGUUGCUGACUCUCCUUUUUUGGGAGUAUUUAAAGCAGAGGUUGGAUGGCCAUCUGUCAUGUAUGAUCUAGUUGAGAUUCUUGCAUUGCAGGGGUUUACAAGAUGAUCCUUGGGGUCCCUGACAACUCUACAGUUCUGUUUCUAUAUGAAUGACAAGCUAGGUUUAAAUUUUCAUUUUUAAAAGCAUUGUUUGGAGUGACAUGAAACAUGUAAACAAAACCCCCUUGCAGUACAUAAAGAUCAUUUUAUUGCGCACAUAAAAUCUCAUUUUCACUCUCACACAAUGUGUCUUUAGAUAAACAGAAUAAUUGAAGAAUAUGAUUUCUAUGACUUCUGAUAAAGAAAAUGUAAGACACAUAUAGCAUUUUCAUAAAUCUGCCAGGAAAGCUUAACAUAAUUAAUUGAAAAAUAGAGCAGGGCAUUUCCCUUACCCUAAUGACUUCUUAAAUCCACACCAGCUUAUCAAAGAAAGCAUUAAUUAGAGUAAUUGCAGAGCCAGCUGUCUAUUGCUUGCUGUCCAGUACCUUCUGUUGAGGAAACCACAAAACUCACAGUAAGGUUUUUUUUUUUAGAUAACUAAUUAAAACUCUUGUGUGUUGCAAACUGACAAUGUAACCUUUUGGAUUACAUUGCACAUCCUACUCUGGCUGCAUAUUUGAAAGUUCACACAUACGGGUUUUUCUUAUGCAGAAUGGGGAGUGGCUACAUUGCUAGUGUAGUGCUUUUAAAACAUGUUACCACUUGAUUCAUGGUGCAAGUUCAUGUCCAGGACAUGAUAUUGUUACAUCAUGCAGAAAGAAGGUGUGGUAAAGCUAGAGUGAAGUUGCCAUUUUCAUAUUCAUAAAAGUAAAAUUUGAGUGUUAAACAAUGCCAUGGCAUUUGUUUAAGUAAGGGUAGCUAGCUCUUUGCAUUCCAUGAAUUUUUGAAGGUGUUAAUGGUACAGUUACAAACUUAUUAUGUAUCUGGGUGUUUUGGAGAAGGUUCAUGAUGAUAAUGAAGGAUGGUGGUGCUUCUGAUUAAUGGGCUGCUACAGACUCUAGUUGUGUUGCUUGUUCAGUCCAUUAUUCACUUUCAUUUGUUGCUAAGCAGUCGCUGGCUGCACAAAGGUUGUAUGUGCUAUGCAGAUCAUGUGUAUUGUCCAACUGUUUAACCACAUAUUUGCAUCUUUCUACUUGCAGUUUUACAGAGUUAGGACCAAUCUGUUAUCAAAUUAACAAUCUAGAAGUUUAGAAGAAAAUUAUCAGUCUGAUUGAUUAGAAUAGUCCUUCCUUGAGUUCCUCAUCUACAAAGUAGGAAUAGCAUAUUACUCUAUUGUACUGUUGUAUUAUUCCUUUGCAAAGUUGGAAUUAAAGUGGAAGCAAAUCCAUAGUUGUUGUUUUUUAAUUUUUGCAAACCUUCAUGUUCCCUUGAGCUUGCUGAUUCCUCCCUCUUGUGUGCAUUCGUGUGUGGUAGAUUGAGAUCACUACUAGUGUAUACAAGUAGGGCCUUGAAGCAAAAUUUUGUAGUGUGAAGUAUUUCUGUUCAGGGUUCUAGCCAUUUCAUUUCCCCUCCCCAUGAUGUUCCUUUCCAACAGUCAGUCAGCAUCCUGUGCCCCCUGAGCACUCCUGCGCACUUUGGGGCUACCUUGAGUUUGUUGAUACCCCCUUCUCAUGAGUGUAUGGCAUAGUUUUGACUACUAGCUGUGGGCUCACUGUCUCUGGAAGAUCAUAAAUAGAAUAAAAGAGAGAAUGUACUGGGAUCUCUCAUAAUGAGAAAGAGUAAUCUCUUGCUUUCUCCCCUCCUUUUUUUUUUUUUGUCAGAUAGCACCAGUAUUUGGUUGGCUGUAUGGGAGAGGGACAUAAAUAUUUACAGCAUCCUCAGUCUAAACACUAGACACAUUCCUAAGUCACCCUUCUGGUCGCAGCAAGUAGGAGGCCCUAGCUAAGGUGAGGUCCUUCAAGGAUCACAUGACUUCAGUGUUAUAAACUGCAUACUCGUUUUUUAAAACGGGCAGUUCUUUUAUGGCAGGGCAGAGGAGCUAAUUUCAGAGCCACAAACGUUCCAAGAUAGCCCUGGUUGCUAAUUAGUCCUUCAGCUAGGUUUAUGCAUAGCUCCUGUGUUCUAGCUGGAACAGUAUUUAGAACUCCAGGAACAUACAUGUUUCGGAUGUUUUAAGUCCCUGAAUUCCCUUACCAUGUUUUAAUUGGAUUUUUGGCACUUACUGGCAACACUGUGUACCAUAUUUUUCGCCCUAUAGAACACACUGUCCCAUAAGGCACACCUAGUUUUUUGGGGGGGAAAUAAAGGGAAAUUUUUUUAUUUCCCCCCCAGGUGCGGGGCUGGGGCGGGGGAAGCCAGAGCUUCCCCCGACCCCAGCCCCCAGAACAGGCAACUCUCCGCAAGCCGCGGGAUUCCAGCGCCGGUUUCCCGCGCCUUGCGGAGAGCCGCACGAAGUCUGGGCGCGCUGAGCUCAGCGCGCCCAGCCUUCGGCAUGCAGGCAAGUCUCCGUAAGGCGUGGGAGCCCAGCGCCGGGUUCCCGCGCCUUGCGGAGAUCUGCGGGAAGCCUGGAGAGCGAGAGGGGUCGGUGCGCACCGACCCUCUCGCUCUCCAGGCUUCAGCGAAUGCCUGCAUUCGCCACAUAGGAUGCACACACAUUUCCCCUUCAUUUUUGGAGGGGGAAAAAGUGCGUCCUAUGGGGCGAAAAAUACGGUAUUUGUGUCUGCGCGUGUGCGCAUGCUGCUUAGUAUGGGAAAACUCCUACCCUUCAACUGUGUGAACACACCCAACUCCCUAAAAUGUAGGAUUAGAAUCAGUGCUGGCCAGAAGGCAAGAAUGUGUCUUGGCACCAUUUAUUUUAUAAAUUAAACAUGGGACUUUCAUCACAAUUCUGUGGGAAUGAAUUAGGUAGCAAAAUGUUAAACCUGUCCUGAACCUAGAAAAAUACAGGUUAUCAAUCCAGCUAACUAAAUAAAGGGCACAAUUAAUGCCAUUCUUCUGGAUUUAUUAAUGCUUCAGGGCUUAGCUAGGGAAAAUGCAGUAGCAACUGAAAUGGGAAGACAGAGCUUUGAAACCACUCUAAAAUCUAAUUUGUUGAGUUACAAAGUGAUUUGAUCAACCUGUGCAAUGAGAAAAGGGCACACUUUAAAAAUCAAAUUUAUUUUCAAAGUUUCGCUUAAUGAAAUAGUCCUGCGUCUUGAUGUGUUUGCAAACAAGACAAAUAGAUUUUCUGAUAUUGUGAGUUUUCUUUCAGUUAUUUUUGUAAGAGUACAGCAAAAUUAAACAUACUUCUUAUUUCCAGUUUACAGGAUGACAGAAUUAGGGUAGAGAGGAUGGAAAACAAGCAUUUUGAGUACAGCAAUGCUUUCCAACUGAUUACAAACUUCUAUGGAGAUCGAGUACUUGAUAGUAAAGGUAACUGAUUCAGAAAUACACUGAAAUUUGUCUGAAUAGUUUUCAUUUGUAUUAAAUAGGUUUUUAUUAUUUUGUAAAAGUUACUUCACGGUGUCAUAUUUUCCUUAAUUUACAAGUAGAUUUUAAUAUUCUGAGAUUGUGCUUGUUAAUAUAUAGAGUUUUUGAUAUACGAUAGAUUCCGGAGUAUUAGGCAACUGGACGUAUAAGGUGCUGGGAGGAAGCCGCGCGCAAUGGGGCCUGCCGCCCACUGCUGCUGCAGCGGCAGCUUUGGCAGCCUCUGAAGCAGCAGUGGGCGGCAGUCUCCACGCUGGGAGGAAGCUGCCUGGUGCCCACUGCUGCCUCGGAGGUAGUACCCAGCGUAUAAGACGACCCCCGACUUUUUAACCUCUUUUCUGGGGUUAAAAAGUCGUCUUAUACGCUGGAAUCUACGGGGUGUGUGUGUGUGUGUGUGUAUUGUAUAGCAGUAUUGAAGAAUCAGAGAGGUCAUUCCAUCCAUAUUUAUUUCUUGAUAACCAGUAAACAUUAAUUUUAAAUUACAGAUUAUUCAAAUAAAAACUCCAAGAAUAAUUCAAGAACUAAACUCUUUACUAGUCAGUUGAGCAGCAAGUUGGGCCUGGUUUGCUUUUGGAAAGGGAGCCACACAAGGAAUCUUGACAGUGCCUUAGAGCAGUGUUUCUCAACCUGUGGGUCCCCAGAUGUUGUUGGACUACAACUCCCAUCAUCCCUGAACUCUGGCCUUGCUAGCUAGGGAUGAUGGGAGUUGUAGGCCAAAAACAUCUGGGGACCCAAAGUUGAGAAAGGCUGCCUUAGAGUAUUUGUCUCAGAGGAGAUUUGACGAAGUUAGUUUCCUAAUUAAUUUCUUGCAAUGCAAUCCUAUACAUGUCUAUUCUUAAGUAAGCUAUUCAUAGUUCAUUGGUACUUGCUUCUAAGUAAUUUUGUAUAGGUUUUCAGUCUUAGGCUGUUUCCAUGCAACCAGUUUGUCAAGUAACAAAUGCUUAGUUAACUUGUUUCUGUUAAGAAAGCUUUUGAUAUUAUAUAUGGGAUGAUGAUGAUGAUGAUGUUAAUAAUAUAAAUGAUAUAAUAUACUUGCAGUGUGUCCUAACCAGGUCAUACUCAGUAACAUUGAAUAUCACCCAACAUUUUUUGGAUUCUCAUUUUCCCAGUAAUAAAUGGUUGCUGUGAAAAAUAUGGUUCUUUUUCUAUCUAGUUUGCACCAUUGCAAUGGUAACAUAAACCCCUAUUACAUAGUAUACAGAACCUUGUAGGUAAGUGGCAUAAGAUCCUGCCCAUGUGUUUGUACCCGUUUGUGGUAAUACAAAAGUAUAUACUGAAGAAUUUGAAGGAAGCAAAUACCAGGAAGGCUUUCCAUUCCUCAGUAGCAAUGCUACUGCUUUUCCUCUUUCUCCUCCUCUCCAGCUCUGGAAUGCACAGCCACUAUUUCCCGUGCAGCAAAGCUUCUUCCCUUGCCUGAAUCCAAUAUAUCAUGCAGAAUUUGAUAACUCUUCUUGCCCAGUAAGGCGUCACAGUUUUUCCCUGUCCCAAGAUGCACAAACAAACACAAGGCAUUAAAUGUGUAGAUUGUAAAAAUACCACAAAUAACUCGCUGAAGGAGAUAUCUUUGCUGCACUGUCCAUAAGUAUGAGGUAGGCAAAAGAAAUAUUUGUUGUAGUAGUGAUUAGGAUGCCAAUUUGGAGCGAGAGCUAAAAUAUAGUGCAGAAUAGGAGCUCCUACACACUGGAUUUUAUAUGUUGCUGUAAUAAAAGCUGCUUGUAAUACAACUACACAAAUUACAAUUGUAUUUUUAAGGUUCCCAAGCAUUGUCAGUGGUUUUAAACUUGGAUAAGUCAGUGCUAUGCUCCCUGGCUGCUGUAAUCAUGUAUCUUAAAGAAUUUAAUUUAGAAAAGAUACUCUACAACCCAAGGUAAGUACUUUUAAUUUCAGAAAAUCACAAUCCUGAACAAAGAAUACUGUAGGGAUAUUAUUUUGCAUCCUCUGGCCAAUUUCCUUUCAUAAAAUAAGUGUACUUUUUGUGCUAUCCCACUUGUAAACGAGUUCUAUACUGUACUAUAAACUAGGCAUUUAAAGCUAACAAAAGUGGGAAAACUUUAGAAAUGUAAAAGUAUAUGCUUGUAGUGGUUUUUAAAAUUACUUACCUGAUUAUUAUACUGCCUAUAAUUCUGCCUAUAACUACUAUAAUACUAAAUGCAGAACUGCUAUGAGAGGAAUUUUUAAGCAAAUCCUUAUUCUAUCAAAUCACCACUUCUGUGCCAAUAAUACUCUUGCUGCAGUUGUCGCAUAUAAAAACAGUUUUUUAUCUUGUCUUUUAAUGUCAGUGCCUACAAUACCAAGUAAAAAUGCUUCUGGUUUUUUUAAUAAAUGUAUAUUUCAACAUCUUUUCCAUCUCAUUAUAAAUCAUUUCCCAGAAGCCUUUCACUUUCUUACAUUCCCACCACAGAUGAUAAAAAGUGCCUCUUUUACCUCUUCAUAAGGUUUAAUUUUCCAGUUAUUUCCUUCUUCUCUUACUAACUUUUCAUAUGUGCCCCAAGUUUUACUCAUAUUUAUCUUUUUUACACUCAUUGUUUCCAAAGGUGACAACCACCAUGGUGUUUUACGUUCUAAUAGGUUUUUGUACCUAUCCCAAAUUUCAUAUAGAGCUCUUUGGAAUAUGUGGUUUCCAAAUCCUUUAUGCACUUUUGAUUUGUCAUACCAUAAAUAUACGUGCCAACCAAACCUAUUGUCAAAUCCUUCUAAGUCCAACAAAUCUGUAUUUUCUAACAAUAUCCAUUCCUUCAACCAACAAAGGCAGGGUGGUUCAUAGUAUAACUUCAAGUCUGGCAAGGCAAAGCCCCCUCUUUCUCUAAUAUCAGUUAACAAUUUAAAUUUAAUUCUUGGUUUCUUCCCCUGCCAGAUAUAUCUUGAAAUUAUUUUCUGCCACUCCUUAAAUAUAGCUGCCCCUUUGAUUAUCAGAAUUGAUUGGAACAAAAAUAACAGUUUUGGUAGCACAUUCAUUUUAAUGACUGACAUCCUAUCCUAUAGAGAAAGUUGCAUCCGUCCCCACACUUUCAAAUCUCUCUUAAUUCCAUUCCACAUCGGUGUCUAAUUAUCUUGGAAAAAAAUUAUAUUCUUUGGGGUUAGCCAAAUUACCAAAUAUUUCACUUUUUUUACUACUUCUAUACCAGUUUGUUGUUGCAGCAUAGCCACCAAAUCUUGUUUCAUAUUUUUAACUAACAUUUUAGUUUUCUUUUUAUUUAAUUUGAGACCUGCUACUUGUCCGAACUGUUCUAUUUCUUCUAGUGUUUCUUUAUCACUAGUUAAUGGGUCUUCCAUUGUUAAAACCAAGUCAUCUGCAAAGGCUUUCACUUUAACAUUGGUAGUUGAUUUUAAAUUAGUUUUCCCCAGAAGUAAAAUGAUUCACAUGUGUUUACCAGAAGCUGUUUCUCCUUCAUAUGUCUUAACGUGCUUUCCCCAACAAUAUACAAAGCCAUGAUUUUAUUUUAAAGCUUAAUAAGCAAUUAUUUUGUGUCAUCACUAUGGAAUAAUCUUUUUAUUUCAGUAAUUUUAAGAAGUUAUCAAGUGAAGCUGAAUAUAUGAUACUUAAUGGGUCUACAGUAAAUAAUCUUGAAAUCUUACAGAAUCAGGUAAGAAAGUAUGCUUCAUCCUGCACAUUUCUUUGCUUGGGAAGCAUGUCUUGGAUUAUUGCAUGUGUUCUUCAUACACCAGUUCUCCCCUAGCUUCCUGUGUUUAGUCAGAUUUUCCCCAGCUAGGCUCUAACAAUGGAAGUAAGUUGAAACAGGAGACCUAUGAUUCUGUUAUUCUUUCUCGGAAGCAAUAUAUUCAGGGAAGAAUCAGCAGUUAGAACAUGGGUCAGCAAACUAAGCUCCAUGGGCCGGAUCAGGCCCAAUUGCUUUCUAAAUCCAGCCCAGAGAUGGUCCGCGAAUUGCAGAGGAUCGCUAGCACGCGCACGUUCUUUCCCUCUCCCUCGCACAAUGGUGGUGGCGGCGGCGCCUCCUCGCUCCCUCCUGGCUUCUCCCCGCCCUGCCUAGAGGAGGAAGGGGGCUGGGCUUUGUUGCUGCCAGCCCCUCCAGAGCCCUUUCUCGUGCUGUUCAUCAUCCCUCCACUGCCGUUCUUUUUUUUUUCCUUUCCAAAAUAUAGUCCGGCCCCCCACAAGGUCUGAGGGGCAGCUGAAAAAGUUUGAGGACCCCUGAGUUAGAAUUUAGCAGCUAGUCUCCUGAUUUCCCUCUGAGCCUAUGUUCACAGUACUUUAGUAAAUGCAGUUUUGGGGUAAUGCAUUUACCAAGGUGACAUAUUCAUUGUUUUGAUUUGUACCCUGUCUUUUUAUCAGAUAAUGUACAACUCUAGAAGGAUGCCAGCAUAAUUUAAUACCCAUCAAGAAGAAGAACAUGGUGCAGGGCAUGCAUGUUCUGAGAGCAUAUGAUGCAGCCAGCUUGUUGAAGUUAAGCAGGUCCUGGUCUAGUCAUUUUUAAUUCUGUGAUGAAUGAAAGGCCAGAUAUAAGUACAGUGGAGCUCUAGUUGCGGACACGAUCCACUCUGGGGUACUGUUCGCACCCCGAAAAGUCUGCAACUAGAGCAGCGCUUCUGCGCAAGCACGGAGCGCGAUAAAGCGCUUCUGUGCAUGCGUGAAGUGCUCAGAAUGCUUCUGCACGUGCGUGAAGCAGUCAAACUGUUUCUGCUCAUGCGCACACAGCAAAACCCUGAAGUAUACACUUCCGGGUUUGCUGUGUUCGCAAGCUGAAAAGACACAACAUGAACCUAAUGCAACACAAGGUAUGACUCUGUACUGAAGAUAAGACUUCCUUUUUAAAAGUGAAGCUCUUGCCCAUAAAAGGCACAAACACUUGGAACAAAACUGUAAAUGGAAAAUAAGCCAAGGAGAGAAGGAAUUUACUGAAGAUAAAAAAAAUGGCUAAAGAUAUAAAAUAAUAAAUAAACAUUUACACCAAAAGCAGGAAUCUAGUCACAAAAAUCACUGGAGUUAUAGAAAGAAAAAGAAAAAGAAAACUUUUUUCCAGAAGUUCAAGAGAUUCAUAUCUAAAUCACUGCAUUGAUGUUAUUAGUAUGUAUAAUGUGUGGAAAUAAGUUGUAGAACAAACAGACAAAAGACAAAGUUAUUGGCCACUAGAACCAAAUGUCAUUUAUCAAAGAGCACAAUCUUUUCAGAAGUGUAGAUAUUAUUAACAUUGACCUCUUUAUGGGAGGAUUGUGGUAGCCACUGUAACACCACUUUUCAAAAAAAGGAUCCACAGACAUUCAAGGAAAUGUGAGUUUCUGAGGAAAAAGGUAAACUUAUUUUGUUGUACAUUUUUAUCAUACUUUUUUAUUUUAUGUUGAUGAAAAACAGAAUAUGUUUAAAGAACUAAGAUUCUUAAAGUUCAGAUUUCCCAUAUUUUCUUUCAAAUGUGUUUUAAUUGAUUGAAUAAAACACUGUCAUUACUGCAGACUGAUAAGAAAAAAAAAGGCAGCCUGUUUUGGGUCUUGGAUCAUACAAAAACUUCAUUUGGGCAACGAAGACUAAAGAAAUGGGUGACACAGCCUCUUUUGAAUUCCAGGUAUUCAUUACCAAAUAACUUUGCUACCCAGUAGCUGAGCUGGAUAUUGAUUAUUUUAAAGUUAUAAUACUUUUGUUUUUCCUUCGAUGAGAGUCUAUGCAGCUAAUUUUCUUCUUAGGCUAAAUUAAACACUGCUAGCUUCGAGGAAUAAUUACCAACUUUCAGAUCAGCUCUGCUACUCCAGCUCUUAUACUCCAUGUAAAAUUUAGUGUGUUUUUAGGUUUUGGCUGUUACAAAAAAUGCAUUUGCCUGUUUCUGCAUCCUUUAAACAUGCUGGCAGUGUAAUAGCAUUAAUUUCUAUGUCUAAUGGAACUCCUUUUUGAAUAAUAUAUAGUUGUCCUUGACUUUGGCCAUACUUAGGUAUAAAAUAAAAACUCUUCAUUGGCUAGGCGUUGGGAUGUAACAGAUAGUUUUGUUGAUUUUAGUGUUGCUGCUUUGUUCUGAUUCCAUUUUUAGAUUUGAUGCAGUGUUUUAACAAUAUUUUAUUUGUUUUGAUUGUGAUGUUCUGUAUUGCUAGCCACCCUGUGCUUCCAUUGGGAGGAAGGCCAGGACAGAAACAUAAGGAAAUAAAUAAAAUGCUUCACUUCUAACGUAGUUGGGUUUUGUUUUGCUUUCUUACAGGGAAUCCCAUAAGAUACUCUUAUGGUGUAAAUUUAUUGAGAAUUAACUUCUGCUGUGCCCAUUGGGGAUCACUCACUACUGUGUCUUAUUUACAUGUUCAUCCUAGGAACUAUUUUCAGCUGUGCAGUGAUUGUGACAAUUAUAGAAGAGUCAGUGUCUGCCCUUGGCAGUUCAGUCUGAUAACAGUUGGAAACAAUGGGAGAGACAUUCCCCUGUUAUAGUACUAGUGGGGAGUGAUCACUGGUAGGAGACAAAAUUCUGCUAGCUGGAAGCAUGCAGUUGUUUGUUGUUGCCAUUUAACUGAAUUUCAGAAUUUAGAAUUUUAUGUAAAAUCCUUACCAGUCAGCAGUUUUUUUUCUUUGCAGUAAUAUAUGAAUGGAAGUUGAGAAAACUAUGAUACCGGCUGAUGUGCCUCUUUAUCUUUUUUCCUAAUCAGUUUGCAUUCAGCAGCUUCCUCUCCUGACUUAUCAUGAUGAAUGACUGUUGUUGCAACAAAAUGUGCUGUAAUUGUAGAUCAGAAUUAUUUAUGAUGAUUGCAGCUUUUCAUUACGGAUGCAUUCUACUCAAUGGCUCAUCUCUCCCUAAGGAUGGAAUGUGUAUGACUAAAGCCUAAUUUAGACCCAGUAGUAAUUCUGCUUAGAACUGGAUCAACAUACAGUAAAUACUUUGGAACUAAAACUUUCUUUUGGAAAAUAUGGGUGUGGGACAUGAGAGUAAGACAGGGACCAUUGUAUCAGAGAUAGAAGUAAUGUGUGAAGCUUGAUGUCCCAAUAUUGGGCUAAUUGCUCAUACAUAGCUUUUCAUAAUGCUAUAGACAAUGGCUCCUCUCCUUCUACAAUUGAGGUAUGAAUACAACUUUGUAUGAAAAAUGAUCCUGUCUCUUAUGCUAGACACUUAAAGAUUAUCCACAGCUGCAACUGAUUUAUAUGGCAGAGAAAGGGUAAACAUAUUCCCAGUUGUAGAGAAAUGAUUUGAUUUCAGAGUUUGACCCUCCCCCCAGGACCUCUUUGAACUAUCGGUCAAUCCCCCCUUUCCUCAUAUCAUCCCCUAAAGUGUCAUCCAGUGAGGAAAAAGAGGAGAAAGACUAAGAGCUGCAUUUAUCCCUCACUGGUAAUUGCAACGAUUUUAAAAAAUGGUUUCCUAGUACUUUACACAAUUUUGCUUAUACACUCGAUAGCCAGGAACAUAACCCUUGCAUAAGAUUACCUGUAUUUGGCAAACAUUUAAAUCCUUCAUUUGUACAAAUUUGGUUGUUUCCUUUUUCAAGGUGAUUGUUGCUGAAGUUGCAUUUUACUUGUGCAAAACAAAAGCCCUUGAUUGCCAUUUAACAGAUGUGGAGAUAGUAGUAUGCAGAUCUAGUCAUCCCUCUAGAUGCAUUCAUGAAUAUUUUCACUAUUGUUUAGCAAAUAUGAAGAGAGCUGUGCCAUUAUACUACAAAAAAACCAAAAGGAGCCAUUCUAAAAUUGCUGGAAAUGGGCUGUGGGAUAUGGAGUAUGUUUCAAGAUGUUUCAAGUUUUUAAUGUUUUACUUAGAAGGUUGAGAGAAGAAAAGGAAACUUCAUCCUAGUAAUAGUUCUGCAGUUCCUUGAAGAGUCUUGUCAGGCUCAAAACUAGAUGGGUGUUUUUGCAUGGGUUUUUGUUUAACUUUCUCUCACACUUUUGGCAUGGACCAUAUUGUCCCCGUCCCCCAGCCACAUGGUUGUUCAUACUCAGGGGCUUCCUGACAGAAAAAAGACUGUUGCAGCUUUUAUGCUAAAAGUAUAUAGAAAGUUUGAUCCAUCUAUCUCAAUUGCUGUAAAUCUUAAUAAUAAUAAUAAUAAUAAUAAUAAUAAUUAUUAUUAUUAUUUAUUAUUUAUACCCCGCCCAUCUGGCUGGGCUUUCCCAGCCAUUCUGGGCGGCUUCCAAAAAAAUAUUAAAAUACUGUAAUACAUCAAACAUUAAAAGCUUCCCUAAACAGGGCUGCCUUCAGAUGUCGUCUAAGAGUCUGGUAGUUGUUGAUCUCUUUGACAUCUGGGGGAGGGCGUUCCACAGGGAGGGUGCCACUACCAAGAAGGCCCUCUGCCUGGUUCCCUGUAACUUGGCUUCUCGCCAGAAGGCCCUCAGUGCUGGACCUCAGUGUCCGGGUAGAACGAUGGGGGUGGAGACGCUCCUUCACGUAUACUGGACCAAGGCCGUUGAGGGCUUUAAAGGUCAGCACCAACACUUUGAAUUGUGCUCAGAAACGUACUGGGAGCUAAUGUAGGUCUUUCAAGACCGUGUUAUAUGGUCUCGGCGGCCGCUCCCAGUCACCAGUCUGGCUGCCGCGUUCUGGAUUGUAAAUAAUAUUGUAGCGCAAUUUGUGUUUGUAUAAAAUUUAGGCAAUAUACAUGAUGCGAGGCGCAGUAUAGAUAUAAAAACAAACUAAAAUUCAGAUAAUACAAUCUGAAUAUUUAGUUUCUCAUAAUACUUGUUGUACUGUAUUUACAACAGAUUGUAGUAGAAGCAAAAAUGUUUUAAAUGGCCCUUUUACAGUGGCAUAUUUAUCCCAUACAUAAUCCUCUAUGGAGUCUUAUAUUUUAUUAUUCUUGGGAAAGUGUUUAAAAAACAUAGUGAGGUGAAAAAAAUGGGUCACUUGAUAUUGGAUGAUGUUCUCUUGACCCAGUUUUUAAAUAUUGAGGAUUACAGCAGGCAAAGUGUAUGCAUGCUUCUUUUGUGUUAGAUUACUAGAGCUAUAGUAGCAUAGCCAUAUGUGAAAAUGAUUUAAAGUGCAGAUUAACCUUUCGAGGGUAGUGUUUCAUCUUUCCUCUGUCGUAGUAUGUUUACAUUUACUGUUUCAUGUUAGUAUAUUAUGUAUUCAUAAAUAGAGUUCAUAAUCAUGUUUUUCCAGUCCCAAUGUGAUAUAUAGUUAGUAUUUUUAGAUGUAUUUAUGUUCUCCUUUAAAUACCCAUACAAAAAGUAGGGGGGGAAAUGUCUGAAGCCUUUUGACUCAGAGAAUGGGCCUCCAUUUGAAUCAUAACAGUCACAGCUUUUUGAAAAGGCCAGCUCAGGUGGAAUGCUACCCAUAAAUGUAAUGCUAGAUCCUUCAAUUUAGAGAGGGGUGUGUGUGUUCUGUAUGUUGAAUUGGCUCUCCUAAUUUCUGGACUGGUACUAAGCUAGCCCCUGAUUGCUGGUUUAUCCAGACAGAUUAGUAUAAUCAGCUUGACAUGGGAGCAAGAAGGGAGAAAAAUUGAGAGGGGGGAAAGUGUUGGCAUAAAAGAGUGCCAGAAAUUUGAAUGUGGGGGGAGGGAGAUAAAGAGGAAAACAGAGCAGCAAAGGUUUUAAUAAAGCAGGGAUGAAAACACACAGAGGAAAAUGGUACAUAGUUUUAAACAACAACAGAGGUUUGAAUAGAGCAGGGAUGGUGUAAAUCUGAAGGGGGAAGCGGCAAUUUUAAACAUGACAGAGCUUUCAGUGGAGCGAGCAGGGGUGACUCUGGGGGUUGGGGAAAUGAAUGUUUAAAAACAAAGUUUGAGUACCCCAAUAAGGGAGUGGGGGAAAGUGUUAGCUGCUGCAUUGUACCCAUCUCUGCUAUUUCUUCUUGUUAAAAUUGGUUUGUUUUUAAAAACUCUUGAGUGUCUCUAUAUCCCUGAAGGGAAGAACAGGGUAAGGGGGGCGGGAGACUGUUUUAAACUUCACCCUCUUCCAUUCCCCAGCUGCUUCAUGUGUGAGAAAUAAAGGAAGUGGAGCCCUCAGAUACUCCAUAAUACUGUGCUACAGUACGUUUCACUUCUGGUAUCAUGUGUUGUCUUCAACAUGAUGUUCUACAUUCAGUGUAGGAAUUUAGGGUUAGUCUAUUCAUCUUAAAGAUACAGUAACUUAUAUCAUCAUGGCCGUGUGCACAUGCAAAGGGAGCUGCAGAAUAGGAGACAGGACAUUGCAUGGAAAUAGGGGUGCUCUAUGUGCAAAGGAGAGUUGAGAAAAGAGACUGAAGGUGGAAAUGGGUGUGCAAGGGAGGUUGCAAAAAAGGAGAAGGUUGGAGGUAUGGGAUUGGGGUUAAAGAUGAAAGCAGGGCCAUGAAAGAAUCUGAAGAACAGGAAGGAAUGGCCACAUAAGAAUUGGGCAGAAGGUGAAACAAUGCUUCAUGGUUGCAAUAUGCUGGAGGAGAAAGAUGCCGUAAGCUGUGUGUGUGUGUGUGUGUGUGUGUGUGUGUGUGUGUACGUACGCGCGCGCGCGCAAGGGGAGGAUGCACAAAAGGGGGAGGAGGCAUGGACAUGGGGGUGAAGAUGGAAAUGGGUGCAAAGGGGGAUUGCAGACUAGAAGAGAGAAGCGGCUUCAGAAAUGGGGUUGGGAAAGUGAAAUUCAAGCUUAAUAGUUGCAUGUUGUGUUAAGGGGAAGCUCUAGGGGUUUAAUGUGGAGGGAAUUGCAGGGGUGUUAGCAGGCAGAGUGAGCAGUGGUACAGCCCCUAGUUAACUAAGAAAGAGUGUAUGCUGUGGCCAGUGGGGAAUAUAAAUCAACAGAAUAAGCAAAGGUUAUUCUGGGUUAAAUAUUUUCAUUGUAAACUGUUUUCUGAUGGUGUUGAAGAUCUUUUAAGAAACUUGCUGCUUUAUGUAACUUUGCCUUCUAUCUAUUCAGCCCACUUAAGUGGGGUGAUCCAGACAGAGAUCCUGAAAUUCUUAUAUUGUAGAGAACAUUCAAUCUGUAGUAAAAUAAUCCUUUUUUAACAGUGAAAUUAAUUCUCGACUUGAUGCGGUGUCGGAGGUUCUCCUAUCAGAAUCGAGUGUCUUUGGCCAAAUAAAGCACCUUCUAUGUAAGAUGCCAGAUGUUGAACGAGGACUCUGUAGUAUUUAUCACAAAAAGGUAAAAAAAAAAAAAAGUGAGCUACAAAUGAUUAAAACUAUAUUCUAUUAUAUUAAAAUAUGGUUUUAAACUGGCAUUUUUUUCUUGAAAUUUAGGUUUAAGAUUCAUACAUUGAAAGGAAGGAGAUAAUUUAACCCUACAUUAGUAGAAAAAUUAACACUGUAAAUCUAGUCCCAUGGUCAAAUAUAUACCUGAAAUAAAAUACCUGAUUACUAAGCAUAAUACUACCCAAAAGUGUGUGUUUUUUAAAAAGCCUUUAUUGAGACCCUCCCUUUUCCAGUAAAAAAGAAGAAGCUACAAACAAGUCAUUGGGGUGAAAGAGUACACAACAUCUGUUUUCAUUUAAUUCAGACAAGAUGGCCCUGAAACACUGCAUGGCAAUUCACACUUCAAUGGUUGAUACGGCUGACUGACCCAAGAUUUUCAUUACCUCCCCCCCCCCCCCCGCCGUGUUGCAGUAUGUUUGAAUUCCACCAUUAAGUGGAGGGUUAAAUCAGUUUCAGUAUUAGCAGUGUCUUGAGAAAAGUAUUUUGUUCAUGUGAUUAAUAAAAAAAUACGGAUUCCUUCAGUCUUUGCUGAGCAAGUUGCCUCAUAAUGCUGUAGAGUAGUAGGCCUACAGUUUCAGGCUAUGCAUUAAAAUACAAAUUAAAAUAUUAUUGACAUUCUAAUUUAUACAUUAUUAAAACGACACCAAUUUGACUGCAUCCCAUGUAUGUAAGUUCCCUUCCCAUUGUGAUACCAGCAGCAAGUAUAAUCAGGGUGCAUAUAUUUCAAUGAAUGUCCAAAAUUGGGAGGAAACUAAGGAACAUUAAUUUUUAAAACAUUAGCCUUGAAGUUAAAAUUGUUUCUAAUUUCAGUGUUCCAUUCAAGAGUUCUAUCUGGUAGUCAGCACACUCUCUCAGUUGGAAACAACAAUCACAGCACUGGUUCCGGCUAUACAUAAUCAGGUUCAAACACCUUUAUUACAGAAGAGUCUUUUGGAAAUUCCAGAAUUGCUUUGUUCAACAAAGAAGUAUAUAAGCAUGCUUAAUGAAGCAGCAGCAAAGUAAGUAACAGUGCAGUCUUUCCACGUUUAAUCAAAAAUAAGCUGUACUGAAUUCAAUUGGGGUUAUUUCCAGGUAAAUAGGGUUAGGAUUGCAGUCUAAAUUGUUAUAUAAGCAUGGUACAAUAGUCUUAUGUAAUAUUAACGAAUGGCUCUUACAGAAGGUCUUGUAAUCCUCUGUCCUGGCCAUGCUACCUGGACACCACUACUGCUACCCUGUUGCCCCAUCACUUACCCUCAGGCAAAGGCCUUUGAACCCACUGGUUUGACAGUAGCCACCUAGCAUAGACACUCAAUGUGCAGUUAGUAUGGAAAGUGAAUAUAGAAUAAAUUCUACUGAACUGAAAGAUUGUUCGGUUUCUAAGCUGUCCAUUCAUUUUUAACCUUGAGCAGUUAGUUUCCUUGAGUGUUUCUUAAUAAUAUUUCUUAAUCUUCACCAUAAGUUCCUGGGGCAGGGAACAAUAGUUAUACUAACUGGUUUCUUUUUAUUAUUACAUUAUGUACAUCAAACGCUAUAUAUCCCGGUUUACAGCAUUGCUUUGAAAUGUCAUAAAGUUACCGUACUUUGACUAUAAUCCCUGCAAGUGAAACAAAAUUGUUUAUUUCUUUAGUUUGGUUUAUUUAUGCACUUAAAAUAUUGUUCUUAAUCUGAAAAGUAAUGGAGUUUGUUUUUUUACUAAUGUGUGUGUUAGUAUUACAUAUAUUUGGUAACAUAUUAUUCUUGUUACGAAUGUAAAUACUGUACUUUUUUUGUUAGUAUUAAGGAAUGUGUGUACUUUGGGGGGGUGUCUAUCUUAACUGUUGGAUUCUGUAUACUUAGAAGUGGAGACAAAACCCAACUGUUCAAAGAUCUUGAAGAAUUUCCCUUAAUAAGAAAGAGGAAGGAUGAGAUUCAGGAAGUUCACUCUCAGAUCCAGUUACACCUUCAGGAUAUACGAAGAAUCCUAAAUUGUCCCUCUAAGGAUUAUGUUACGGUGUCAGGACAAGCAGUAAGUUAAAUAUUUGCUUCAUAUUUUUUCUUGUUGUAUUUGCCAUUGGUCAUAUUUUGUUCAAGUGUUCAUUUGUCAGCAGACAUAGCUUCAAAGACUAGAACCACCUAAGCUGCUGGGGAAUUCGUAUUUGUUCCCAUUGACCUGGGUUAAUCAAAAGGGCCUCCCAAGCACUGCAUGAAGAGGCACAUUACCCACAAGUAGAGAGACUAGUUUAUUGGGAUAUUACUGCUGCCUCCUUUCAGUCAGAAAGCACAUUCCCCUCCAACAAUGAUAUUGUCCAGUGAUCUGACAAAUCCAGCCAAUCUCUGCCAUAUAGCUAUUACCAACUUUCACAGAUAAUGGUUGAGAGAGUAUUCUCCAAGAAUCUUGUUGGCUUCUUCAAGAGAAAUUCAUCAGACCGAUGUAAGAGUAGCAUAUAGAUUACCAAAUUAAAGCUUGCUUGAGCACAGAUGAUAAUAAAUUAUAGUGCAACUGAAUUGGUUAAUUAGUGAACCCAUACAAUAUAAUAAAGGAUUUGGAAACAAUAAAAAGACAAAACAAGGGUAAGACUUCCAACCCAUCUUCAAAAAUGAGAAAAUGAUCCUCUUACUCAUCUUUAGGUAGGCAGGUUAUAUGCUGUCAGAAUAAAUAAUGCUUCUGCAAGCUAAACAGCUUAGAAAUGUUUUCCCCUGAUGUUGUAUUGAUAUCCUAUAUAAAAGAAAUGAAGUGCAUUUUUUUGUGAAAGAUCAUUUGGAUUUCUUGCUAGUAGAAAGGUUAAUCUUUACUGCUGUUUAUGCUGCUUAAAUGUUUUGAAUGGAAUGCAAAUAGAAGGACAGCAGCUAAAUAGUUGAUACACAAUCCUUUUCAGUCAGUUUGACAAAAGAUGUGUGAUUUGUAUGAUGACUACCAAAUGCCAAAUUAUACAUAACAUUGAAUUGCCAUAUCACUUUGCUACAUUGAUUUUUCUAGCCCCCAUUUCUGAACCGGACACCUGUUUUCCAACCAGUGGGCCGACUUGCAACCAAUAGAGCUGCAUUAACUCCAAAUCAUUUUUCCUGCUACUGUCAUUCUAAUCCGAGAUAUUAGAUACAGUCAUAUAUAAAGAGAUUAUCUUUUGUUGAUAAAGCUUUUUUUCAAGGGUAAACAAAGAACAAGUGAGAUAGAUAUAAGCUCCGCCCUCUGGCUUUUGCAUUGAGAAUCGUUUUUAAAAGUAGGUAACACUUGAUACCCACUUUGCUGCCCUGGGCUCCUUUGGAAGAAGGGUGGGAUAUAAAUCCAAUAAAUAAAUAAACACACACACUUUUAGCUAUACAAUCUGACAUUAUAACAGAUAAGUUAAACCAUAACAUAAGUAGUAACAAGAGGUAGCAUGGGAAGAAACUUGACUAAGAUAUUUUACAUAACAAUUUGUUGGGCCAUCUAUUGAUGGCUGCAAUAAUCUCAGUGGCAAGAUUUUGGUAUUUUGCUGUAAAAUAUUAGGACUGUGGAAUGUUGUAGUUCAAACAAGAGGGUUUGUACAACUUAAUUUUUCUUUAUGUGAAUGCAUUAUAUGUUUGUAUCUCGCUUUUCCUCCCAGGAGCCCAUGGAUUGUGAAGGGUGGGAUAGUAUGGAAUAAAUAAUAACAAUGAUAACAAUAAUAGUAAUGCAGAGAUAUUUUAGUUUCAGAUUGAAGUCAAGAAUUCACUUUUAUCUUCUGUACCAUAUGAUUGGAUUAAAGUUAGCAGGUAUGUAAAGAUAAUGUAAUUUGCAAUAUGAUUACCAUUAAUUUUAUUUACGUUAAUGAUGAAGAUGAUUUGCAUGAAAGCACCUUAAAGUUCUGAAUGGUGGGGUUGGAUGAAUGUUUUUAAAUACACCUUUGCAAACUCUAAAUCAGUAUCUAAUACUCUUAGUACAGUAAUCAGUCUUGGCAUCAGCACAUGGCAAAGGGGGCAUUUCCAGGUUUCUACACAUGCCAGUACAGCCCACUAGGCAUGUUGCUUUACCUGGUCCUAUGGACACAGAGGUCCCCAGCAGCGGCCAGUCACCACUUCAAGCUGACUCCUUGGUUUGCCUGACGGUGGUCAGUUCACUUGCCACUGUGAGUCAACCUCAUUCCUGCUUGCCUCCUUGCUUACUUGGUGGCAGCAGCCCAUUGCAGGAUCACCACCAUCAGGAAAAUUUCUUCUCUGCCCAGUAAGCACUGCAUCACAGGGAAGUGGUGAGACAGUUGCCAGCCUCCUGCCAUGCUCGCUUUGCAGGCUUGUGGACCAGUCAGCACUAUAGUGAAGUAUUGCCAUGAGGAAGGGUGUAAGAUGCAGUAGCCAUGGGGAGUCUGUUAAGGACCGCUCAAAAGCUGUAGUCAGGCCUAACAGUAAUAUAUCUGUAGGUGCAGGAAUUCCAUGUAUGUCUGCAGUACUUUACUCAGUCACAUAAUGUAGUCAGACUCCUUACUAAAUUCAGGGCUAUUUUCCCAUCAAAAGAAUCUGACAUAUAUUUGGACAGCUGUGUUCUCAUCAUUUAUAUAUAAUCUUAGUUAAUACGUUUUUCUACUUUCAUGGAGCUUCCAUUUAUAAUGUGUGGAUGUUCAUAAUGUAACAUAAAGUUUGAGGUAGAUAAACUGAUUUCCUUCUUCCUUUUAUUUUUUAUACUGAAAAUGCAGUCCUGUCAUCUGUUAUGUGCAGGUACAUCCCAUAGACUUCAGUGUGACUUUGCUCACACUAAUUCACAGCAAGGAAUUAAAAUCUUUUAUUACUACUGUCAGGGAACUGACAUCGGAGCUAGAGGUGGAGGGAAGGCUCUCCAAUGAUGCUGGAGAAGGGCCCAGCAGGGAGAGAGGCAGCUCAGCAGAUGGGGAAGCAAUUCAGUGCAACACCAGGAAUAAGGAGGGGCAGAUGGGGGAAUCGGCAAGAGGGCUCCCAGACUCUUCACUGGAAACCAGCGGGGAGAGAACUGGUCCUCCGCUACCCACGCCCUCCCUGCGCAGAAGACUUCCGCGCAGAGAAAGUAGGAGGAGACUGGGUGUCAAACAACUUUUAUGGAUGGAUUCUGCUAGCGACUGAGGCAGCCACGAAUUGAAGGGCUGUCCAGACAGAAAGGUUUAACAAGGCAACAUAGCCAGGAGAGGCAGCAACUUACGCACAAGCAACCCCAUACCAUUAUAACUACUUAAAUAUUUUCCCUUUAAAAAUAGUAUGUACAUCUCAUAACAAGUUAAACUUUGUAAGCUGAAAUGGAUCUGAUGUUAAAGCAAAAGAUAAAUAUUAUAACAUACAUGAUAGCUAGUCAUCCAGCUGGUAAUUUAAUCUAGGACUGAAUUAAAGCCUGAGGUAUUUCACCCAGUCAAAGCAUCCUCUGGAAUUAUAUUCUUGAAAUGUUAUGCUAGAUCACAAGGGCUCUGUUUACUAAUUGUCACUGGACUUCUUUGCUUAAUCAGGGUUACCAAAGAAGGGAAGGAAUAUGUAUGUUACACAGAAAGCAGUAGAAGCCUAUUUCUGAAUAAAUUUGAUUUCUCUAAAGGUCUCUUAGCAUAGAAUUGAUUGAUUAUUUUGAUUCAAAAAAAUACAGUAAAAUUGAAUCUAGGAGCAUGUGCUCAUAUCAAAAGCUCAUCAAAAUGAUAAGAGUACCAAUCAAGAAACUAUCAUGAAAAACAAAAGGUUCUUGAUCCAUGUGCUACAUGCAUUGGGCAAUCUUCCCGUUUUGUUUCAGUGUCUUGUGUUUGCUGGUUUUGUGUUUCAGAAGCAUAAAUGUAAGUGUAAGCAGAUAUAAAGAACUCUUUCAGAAGGAGCCUGGUGAAUUGUCUGGGAACACCAAAUGCUGUAAUAUUAGUGAAGAUAAACAAGUGCAGUCUGGAUGAGAAACUGCUGCCCAUGUAAGAGCAGGAUAUACAUGUCACAAUCAAAGAAUGGGGGCAGGGAGGGAGCUGUCUCAGGUUCAUAACAUGCCACCAAUGUGAAUAUCUGCAUUGAGUAUAUUCAAGGCCUGGGUGCCUUGUCACAAGAAAUAGGAAAUCACUAGUAACUUUCUGUGUCUGUCAGUUAGAUUUCAGUGCUGUAGAAAGACAGCUCAGUUGGUUAGAGUGUGGUGCUGAUAAGAUCAAGGUUGCAGGUCCGAUCCCCGUAUGGGACAGCUACAUAUUCCUGCAUUGCAGGGGGUUGGACUAGAUGAUCCUCAGGGUCUCUUCCAACUCUAGAAUUCUAUUCUAAGAUUCUAUGUUGUGUGUUCUGUUACAUGUCAACUUUCAAGGACACAGAUUGGAGCAUUUUUUCUGGGGGGGGGGAAUGAGUAGGAACUCUCCCCCCCCCCCGAUUCAAAAUAUAAUACAUAAGAACAGUUUUUAGUGGUAGCAUAAUUAUUAUUUUUCUCAAAUAGAACUGCAACUUGGAUUAGAGAGUCUGUGGAAAUAAAAGUAAAUGCAAGCUAUCUAGAUUGCAGCGAGAAACACUAUCUUUGGCCUAAAAACAGGUAGAUAAAGGUUUAAGUUGUUAGUUUAGAAAUACCUGAGAUGUCUGAAAGGCCUCACAAAACAUUACAUACAGAUCUGUGCAACUGAACUGGGACAGCUGCUCCUUUUUCAUUUUGUUUUUGAAAGAGCAGUUUUGAAAAAGCAACAAGAAAUAGAGAAAUAGUUGAAGAAUGAUUAUCCUUUCUCUUUUAGGAAGUAUUGAAACAUAUGCAGCACUUACUUUCUUAGCAAAACUAAGCUUGUUUAACUGCUUUCACAACAUAAUAUGUAUAUUUUAUAGUUUAUUUAGAAUAUGAGAUUGUAGUAUUUGUACAAUUAAGAGGCCAUAAAAUUACUGAGUCACACUUCAGGGAAAGCCUUCUGAAGCAAAAAUGUUUUCAAUAGUUUCCUAAAUAUCAAGAGACUAGGCAGUUGUCUAAAUCCAGGUGAUAACUGAUUCCAGAGGACUGGAGCUGGAACAGUAAAAGCCCAGUUUCUAAUACAUGCUAAAUUCACCUCUGGGGAGCAUAUUGUACACUCAGCAGUGCCCAAUCUGAGGACCCAAGGCUACAUUUACUUGGGCUUACACAACAGAACUUGGAGUUACUUCCAUGUACAAAUGUGAAGACGGGGGGGGGGGGUUACUGUUUUUUCAAGGACUUAAAAAAACGACAACCACCCAACUGAAAACUUGAAAAUUUUGGUGAUCACUGAAAAAGCUCUAAUCAAAUAUUUGGCUAUUAUAAAUAUUGUAGAAUGAGUUAAAUGCUCUUAAGAAGCUCUUAUGUAAUAGAUUCUACAUGUGGCUAAACCAGGUAGGUAAACAAAAUGGACCAAUGCUACAUCUUUGUCUAGCAUCUCUCUCCAUGCAGCCUUCAAUACCCAUUCCUCUUCAUUUCUUUUUAUCCUGCUUUCCUGAAAACUGUUAAUGUAAAGUUACAGUGCUGUGUAGAUUUAGUUGCUGGUACAUUGUGUUCACAAUAGGGAAUUGUGACUGCUUCUCAUGUUACAUUUUGACUAUAAGAAGGGAACCUCCAUGAAGUAAAAAUGUUUUUUUUUGUUUGAUGCACAAUGGUAUGUUUACUGCAAGUAAAGUAUUUGAGCAGAUAUGAGCAGCAGCUGCUUUGUCAAGAACAUUUCCACUUCAGAUAGUAUGGAUCGCUCUCUCUUUCUUUACCUCUGUGCAGAAAAAAAGUGAUUUGUGUACUGGUCCUAAAAAAAGAACUGGUCUGAUUUUUGCAUAUUGCUACAUAACUGAUUGCUUAGUAACCUUGAUCUCCUAUUUGGUUUUCUCUUAUAGCACAAAAGCAGUCAGCCGCUUCCACACUCCUUUUAUUGUAGAAAAUUACAGGCAUUUGAAUCAGCUACGUGAGCAGCUAGUCCUUGACUGCAGUGCUGAAUGGCUACGCUUUUUAGAGUGAGUUUACAAAUUCAGUUUUUUCUAUUGAAAUAAGAUUAUAAAGUAGGUUACAAAAUAUAACUAUAAAGCUUACAAUUCAUAUUAUUAUUAUUAUUGAAGCGUCUGAUGUGUAGUUUGCCUUGCUUAUAGGCUUACCUGAACUUCAAAAGGUGGUUAUAUUUAAAAUAGAGGCAGAACUGCCACGACCCAUUUGAGUACUUCUAUCACAUUUUACACUUUUUAUAAAGUAAGUAAAGGGUAGCCUAAUUGGUCAUAGGAACACCAGAAGCUGCCUUAUAAGUCAGACCAGGCUUCCUCAACCUCGGCCUUCCUGAUGUUUUUGGCCUACAACUCCCAUAAUCCCUAGCUAGCAGGACCAGUGGUCAGGGAUGAUGGGAAUUGUGGUCUCAAAACAUCUGGAGAGCUGAGGUUGAGGAAGCCUGAGUCAGACCAUUGGUUAAUCUAGCCUAGCAUUGUCUACAUUGACUGACAUCACCCCUCUAGAAUUUCAGGUAGAUGAUGGAGUUUGAACCUGGAAACUUCUGUAUAUGUGAGCUACAGCCCUUCUUGAGAUGAUCCACCUGAAAUAGAUGCUAGUGUGUCUCUAGUUAUAGCAGUGCACUCUAGUAACCUAAGAUAAUCAACAGAAUUACACCAAAAUAGGACUGUCCCUAAGGAGUGCAGGAUCCAGAGCAGAUUACACUAUGUGUACGCCUUCAUGUCCUUCCUGUCUCUGCUGUCGUUCCUCUUCAUUGUAGUGGGGGAUCUCUUCCUCCCCCCAGCUUACUUUUUGCUGGAAGUGGAGAGGAUUUGCCACUACUUUAGCAGAGGUGAUCUCCCCCUACCCCCUUACAUUUUUUUCUCUUGUUGCUGCUGUUGCAGUGGCAGUGCUGGCAAAGCCCUCCACCUCCCCCCUUCCUGCUUUUCCCUAGAAAGGGCAGAGUUGGAGAGCCUUGCCAGGCAGAUGGGGGGGGCAGUGGCGCUGUUGGCCAUGGGCACUAACUGUGAAGCCCAGAGCAGUUGUCCCUCUUUGCCUCCUGACGAACAACACAAUAGCACAAUAGCAAAGUCAAAAGAACUUUCAGUUUAAGAAUGUGACAUUUCUCUAGUAAAAGACUUUUAGAAUGUCAUUAGGAAAUUAAUUUUAGUGACAGACUGUCCGCCUCUUUUCACCAAUGGCACUGUUGUACCCAGACAACUUCUACAACAGUUGAAGAAAAACAGCAGCUAUGCCUCAGGACCAUCACUCAUGUAUUGCUGGCAACACUUAACAUAUUCUUCCCCCCUAAUGGCAGAGAGGAGCUGCCAGAAGAGCUGGGUAACACAGCUCUACCUUAGCACAGAGUGCUGCAGAUCAAUAUGAGGUAGGUUCUGCUCUUGAACAAAGUCUGCAAUGGUACAAAGUCUGUUAGAGAAGAAAGCAUGAGGCACUGGUAUGGUGGGGUGGUGCCAUUCCAACAGCAGUGUUGCUCCUGCUUACCUGGAUUGGGCAGGGUGUGUGUGUGUGUCAAGGCUGCAGCUAAGCCAGGGCAGUGUGGGUGCACUGGCAAGAGUGCAGGAUUGGCUCCACUGGUGCACCCACACAGCCCUGACUCAGCCACUGCUUUGCCAGCUAUUCCUACUCCUGCUUUCUUGCCUAACAAAUGGAAAGUUUAGGCAAUCUUUAGUAUGUAAGUCUGCAGGCAGGGCCUGUUGUCCCUUUUAGUUUGUGUAUAGUGUCUACCAUCAAUCACUUGGCUUGACAUGCUACAAAAGAAGAAUGUGUCACCUGAUAUCACUAAUGUCUUGCAGUAGUAAUUCAUAAGAGGAGGGCAAAUACUUAUUUUAAUGCGAUAAAUUCUUCAUCUUUUGGCAGUCCUCAUUGCACUGUUAAUAUACCCUUUCCAUAUGGUCUAAUUUAAUUUUGUUUGUCCUUUAAAGAAUAGUCCCAACCAGGGUGUUCUCUCUCUCUGUCUCUGUCUGUGUGUGAGUGAGACAGAGACAGACACACACACACACACACACACACACACACACAGCUCUUCUUGGUAGAGUACCAGCACCUUUUUUUUUCUGCAGCCAUUUUUUGCUGACACCCACUGCACAUAUAUGAGUACUAGCAUCUCUUUUUAUUUUCAGUUUUUACCCCAAAAAAGUGCUGGUCCAAACCUUUAUAUAGGAACUUUAUAUAGCAAUAUUUUAAAACACUAUCCUGUGCUGCCACUGAGUUCAACAUUUUAUUCAUAUUAAUAUUUUAUUCGCGUCUUUCUCUCCCCCCCCCCCCCAUUUACCUCUGUAUAGUGAUUUUAACGACCAUUACUACACAAUAUCUAAAGCUGUGGGUCACCUAGCAACUGUGGACUGUAUAUUUUCCCUGGCUGAGGUUGCCAAACAAGGAGACUACUGCAGGUAAUCACUGUCUAAACAAUGGUAGAAUAUUACGGUUAGCUUUGUUGAUUUUUUUUUUAAACUAGACUACAAAAACGAGUACUGUCAAACGUAUGUUUGUCAUAUUUGAGGACACAUAGUGAUGCUUCAAAAGAUUAGACAGUAUAGUUCCUGGGUAGGAUGGAUUGAUUUACAUUUCCUGUAGAUUGUGGCCUGAUUGAUUCAGUUUCAAAAAAGCAAGAGUCUGGUUUCAGAUGCCUCACCCCAAACUCCAUCUAACAUGCUGUAACAUAAUUUUCUUUUCAGACCUGUCAUAAAAGAUGGAAGGUCAGAGAUAAUGAUAAAAAAUGGGAAGCACCCUGUGAUUGAUGUGUUAUUGGGAGAGCAAGAGCAGUAUGUUCCAAAUGAUACACAUUUAUCAGUAAGUAUCAGUAUCAGUAUUUAUCAGUAAGUAUCAGUAAAUACACAUUUAUCAGUAAGAGAGCCAGUGUGGUGUAGUGGUUCAGAGCGAUAGACUCGUAAUUUUGGGAACCAGGUUCGCGUCUCCGCUCCUCCACAUGCAGCUGCUGAGUGACCUUGGGCUAGUCACACUUCUUUGAAGUCUCUCAGCCCCAUUCACCUCACAGAGUGUUUGUUGUGGGGGAGGAAGGGAAAGGAGAAUGUUAGCCGCUUUGAGACUUUUUUUCGGGUAGUGAUAAAGCGGGAUAUCAAAUCCAAAUUCUUCUUCUUCUUCUUCUUCUUCUUCUUUUUCUUUUUCUAUCACGACACCAUGUUUUUGGUGUGGAUUAGCUCCCUAACCCCCCCCCAGUAGACUAAAAAGACACUGAACAUGGUUUCUUAAUUUCAUACUGUGCUUGGACUUUCAAAAAGCUUUUGACAGGGUACCUUACGAAAGACUGCCAAGUACGGUAAACUUAACUGUCAUGGAAUAAGAGUAGGGCCAGGAAUUGGUUAAGCAGCAGGAAGCAGAGAUUAGGAAUAAGUGGGCUACAGGCAGCCCCCUGCUUAUGCAGGGGUUAUGUUCUGAGACACCACAUGUGUUGGUGAAAUUGUGUAUAAUUGAAACCUAUUGAAAAAGCAGAUAGUGGAUAGCUCAAUGAAUGCCAGUGUGUGGCAGCUAUUUCAUGCUAGGGAUCAUUGGGAAAGGAAUUGAAAAUACAGUAAAACUGCCAGUAUCAAAAUGCCAUUAUACAAAUCUAUGAUGUGGCUGCAUUUGGAAUACUGUGCACAGUUCUCUAGACCAUUUACAGUGUGAGAAACUGGAAGUAGCCUGCAGUGAUGUGAGAGACAAAUGGUAUCAUGCCCCUACAGUGAGAAUCCAAUUUAGCAUAGAACUGAACCCUUCCUGGGUGGAGGAGAGGAGGAAGUCAUUUUUGUCUCAGGUGACAGCUGAGGUGUGGGUCGUGCCUGAUAUUUUUAUGCCAUAUGUAUGUCUCUCCCAGUUUGCUGUCUUUUGACAUUGAUUGCCAGAAGACCUAUUGGUACUACAUUAUGAUGAUUGAACAGCUAAUUUUGGGUGGAGUGUCUUUAUGUCUUCAAUAUGUAUCUGGGAAGUGUGGAAUGGGGAUGCCAGAGGUAGCUUGACCACAGUUGUUCAUGCAUUAGAACCUCAAGGUUGGAUUACUGCAGUGUGCUCUGGGUGGGUCUACCCUUGACAUUGGUCCAGAGGUUGCAGUCCUGGAACUGUUGAAUUACCUGCUUUUGAAAAGUAUUUUAAUGAUAGUUUCCCUUUCUCCAGGAAGACGGUCAAAGGGUAAUGAUAAUUACUGGACCUAACAUGGGUGGAAAGAGCUCUUACAUAAAGCAGGUUGCAUUGAUCACAGUCAUGGCACAAAUUGGUUCCUAUGUACCAGCUGAGGAAGCAAGAAUUGGUAUUGUGACUGGUAUAUUUACCAGGUGAGAUGUCAAAGCUUCAUGUUUUAAAGAUAAGCUUGUAAAUUAUAAUUUCACUUCAUAAGACAUUUCUUUUAAAAUAUCAUUUGUGUGUGCUGAUUGGCUCAGUGUAUAGCUUCGUUCUUGAAAAGAAGAGCAAGUUUCUAGCGCUCAAGGUCACUGGAAGAGUUUGGAAAUAUGAAGAUGGGUUAUGCUUAAAGGCUCAGAUUCCACAUUGGGCUGUGUAUCCUCUACCUACCUAGGGAACACAUUUAUUUACUUAUCAUGUCUCCUCCUUUUCAUGGCCACAUGUUUCUGUCUCCCAUUUACAUCUCAUCAUUUCAUCUGUUUUGUGGGAUGGUCCUAUUUCCCGUGAGAGUUACCUUGUGGUAGCUGGAAACUGUCACCAAAGGUUCCUAAUGACCCAGUUCAACACUCAGUUUGAUCUUUGAGCCAUUUUUAACUCACCAAUCAGGAAUGGAUUUGUGAUUAUGUGGAAAAUCAGCUUGCAGCCAACUUAAUUCAUUGUUAGAAAGAAAUUUAACAGUGACUGCUAAAGUGAUGUACUUGACACAACUGCCACCUCAUCAGAUUCCAGGAUGUUUUAAUUACAUGAUAUUUCUGUCUGUAAUGAUCUUAAGGAGUAUGCAGGUUCUCUCAUGACCAGUGUGCUAAGCAAUUCAGAUCUGCUUUUCCCUGCUGCAUGAUGCAGCAAUUUGCUUUGAAACUAGGAUUUCCUUAAAUGCUGUUUGUUUUCAGAGUUUCAGUUUAUGAAGUUGCUCGUGAUUAUCGCUGAAAAUUCAUAUUAAUAAUUUAGGGUUAUAGCAAGUAAUCAUUUACCCCCUUUGUGCUUUGAUGUGUCCGUUGAGUGUAUUUUCUUGUACAGGCUAUCUAAUCUAAAUGUAGAAGUCAAUUAAACAAUGCUGCCCCUGUUGCACAUCAUCUAAUAGGAUCAAAAACAUUCUGGCAGCAGUGAUAUACCUCUUUUGUAACUUUAAUAAAAAAGAAGCAUAUUUUUAAUGUCUGAUAGGUGCAGACAAAAAAUCUGAAAGAUGUGUUUGGUUUUUUAAAUUGUCUAUUGAAUUUAAAGUUUGAUAAUUGUACAAAAUGCUUUAUUCUCUGGAAUGUGAUUUAGUUGGCUCAGGAGUUAUUGAAUUGUUUCCAGAUAGAAUUUGCUCUGUGCAGAUGAGUCUCUUAUCAACACUUGAAAUAAGUAAUUAAAUUGGAUCUCUGCACAAUUUGCAAUUUGCAACUGUAUUGCUGCAUGUGUAAUAGUGGGGAGAGAUGAAAAAUUAUAAUAAUUUGGGUGACAAGGGACCUCAUCUGCUACAUGUAUUACUAAUAAUUGACUAGAGACCUGGAAGAACAACCAUAAUCUAGGAAAACAUACAAUAUUGUAUCACUAAUAAUUGACUAGAGACCUGGAAGAACAACCAUAAUCUAGGAAAACAUACAAUAUUUUGGAGUAAAUUCAUACUAGAAAAUACCUUUUUUACUUCUUUGGAAUUAACUGAAAGGAAAACUAUGAAGUACUAACAAAUUGGUUGUCGUUGAGUAGCAUACUAACUGAAGACAUGCCUGGAAUUUGCUGGGGAUUGACUUCCAGUGCCUUGUGGUGGUGGCAAAUUGGUUUUGUCUUAGCAGCAGUGAACUAACACAUACAUCAUUCCUGAAGUACCUUUGCCAGCAAAGUUAUUUUCAAGUGCCCAAUUAUUAUUUUUUAAUGCUUUUAAACACAGAGCAAGUAAUAAGAGUAUAUUAGCGGAUGGCUUAAUAGUUUACUUUUUACAUUUUUGAUGAGGAUUAAAUGUAUUUAUUCUAAGUAAUAUUGUACCUCGGUGCUAUAUACAAUAGAUGCCAAAAGCAAGUUCAUUUCUUAUCUAAUGGUUUUUGUGUAUCAUUUGGACCACUUAUCACUGUUGGACCAGAGUAGAAUUGUUAUUUAUCAUGGACAAAAGAGAUUUGUUUUUACAGCUGCUCCUGAAAAUAGCUAAAAGAUAAAGGCCACUUCUGCUAAGGAAGUCCUGGGAAAAAAGUUUCCAUGAAUGUAAUUAGUUUAACAAAUGGUUAGGGUGCAACACAUACGGCAGUAUACAUCUGCAUUGUUGUCUAGAUGUUCAUGUAAUUUCCAGUGAAGUAUCAAGCAUAACUAAAUAUUUUAAACCUUCAGUACGAAAAGUUUGUCAAAACGUAUCCUGGCUCAAAAAAGUAUUUAUUUAACAAAAUUUAUAUGAUUGUAAGAAAACAUUCAGGCAGUUUGCAGAAAUAUAAAACAAAAUAUUAAAAUUAAUUGCAGGAAGAGAGCAUACAUCUUGUUUUCUUGCAAUAAAUAUUUGAAGACCAUGGGAUGAUAUUCAACUAAGUUUUACUCAGAGUAGACCCACUGAAAUUAAUAAACACUUUUAUAUUUUGGAGUUCUUUCUUGUGUACUUCAGUAACCAGAUAAUAUUCUUAUGUACAGCAGAUGCAGCAAAAUUACGUAAAAGAAGUUCAGAUGAUUUUUACUCAUCCUUUAUGCAUUUUUUAUUUUAAAAACUGAAUAGUGUGUGCUUCCUGGUUUUCUAAUUUGUAUUAUUUUCUAAUAAUACUGAACAAUUUUGUUUUAUUUUGCAGAAUGGGUGCCACAGACAACAUAUUCAAAGGUCAAAGCACAUUUAUGGAAGAACUGACAGAAACAGCUGAUAUAAUUACUAAAGCAACUUCCAAUUCACUAGUAAUUUUAGAUGAACUUGGGAGAGGAACUAGCACACAUGAUGGAAUUGCAAUUGCUUAUGCUACCCUGGAAUACUUUAUUAGAGAUGUAAGUGCAUUAUCUGUCCCUUUGAAUGAUCUAAGUCAGAGCUUUUCAAACUGUGUGUCGUGACAAGUUAGUGUGAAGUGCGAACGCUCCCCAUGAUCCCCUGGGGCUGGAAAGGCGUUAGUUUAACCUCUGGUUUGCUAGUAAAACUGAAUUACUGUGUUGCAAAAUGAUGCAUGUCUAAAAAGUGUGUCACCAACAUUAAGUCUGGAAGGCUUUAAGUUUUGAAAAUGAGUUGUCCCCAGAUGAUUAUCUCAGUGCACCUCCCCUUGAAACAGAUUCCAUGGAACUGGUCCAGGAUAUAAUUAUCAGCAGUAACAAAAGCCACAGAGGAUUGAGAAGGAGCAGGGUUCACACCUUGUCCCAUUCUUGAUAAAGACCAUCUGUCAAGACAGCUAAGGUUGAUUCAGUCAAAUGACUAGGACUGAACCCAGUUCCCUCUUCCCCUCCCUCACCUUCUCUAAAUAGGAAGUAUGCAUAUUUUAAAGCCUUAAUAUAUUUUAUUUCUCUAGGUUGGUUCAUUGACGCUGUUUGUCACCCAUUAUCCUCCAGUGUGUGAAUUAGAAAGGGCCUACCUGAGACAAGUUGGGAAUUACCAUAUGGCUUUUUUGGUGAAUGAAGAUGAUCGUGAACAAGAAAGGGGUAUGAUAUCAAAUUUACAUACAUAUACAUACAUAUAUAUAAAAAUAUGAAUGAAUAUACAUUUCACAUAUCACACCUUUCUUCCAAGGAGCUCAAGGUGGCAUACUACUUACCAUUUUAUCCUUACCACAACCAUGUGGGGUUGGUUAAGCUGUGAAAGGUCACCCAGCGAAUGUGACUAAAACGAUUGAAAAGCUAGCGCAGUAUAGUGGUUGACUUGAAGUAUGAUUUCCAGGUUUUUGAGAUGAAUAAAAUAUAAAUCAUACUGAACUCAAUUAUGACAUCUUCAUACAAAUGUAUGUUUUUGUUUUUUGUUUUCCUAGGAUCUGAAGGAGAAGAAAAUCCUGAAUUUGUCACUUUCCUUUAUCAAAUAACAAGAGAAGUUGCCACAAAGAGUUAUGGGCUAAACGUUGCUAAACUAGCAGAUGUUCCUGAUGAAAUUCUUAAAAAGGCAGCUCGCAAAUCAAAAGAACUAGAGAGAUUAGAGAAUAUGAAAAGGUUAGAGAAUGGAUUGAUUGACAUCUUAGUAAUAAAACUUUCACAUAUAUCAUCUGGGAGAGCCUUUCUGAGCAGCCAUAAAAAGUAGAUUUAAAAGAUUUUCAAGAAGUGCCUAAAUGCUUAAUUACAUUAACGUCAUUACAACCUACAGUCUAAGGAACUAAACAUGAAUUCUAUUAAUGAAAAAAACUUCUUUAGGGAACUGUAUGUUUUUUUUAACAAUUGUGAUGACUACUCAUUAUUUAUAAUGGCCUGAUGUAGCAAAAAUGACCUGAUACAACCAAAACCAGUCACGGCAUGGCUCAGGGUCCAUCCUAGCCAUGUCAACAGAGUGCUAACGUCACUUCUUCAACCCAUUAGCACAUGUCUCAAACAGCUAUAGGGGUGUAAUAUGGAAGUCUCGCUUUAAAUAUAACAUUUAUAUUUUGGAUUGAGGAUUCAGAAAUGUAAGUGAAAUAGUUCUGGGACUGAGGACUCUUCCAGAUGGACUCCUGUUCAUUAAACAGUGAUGUGGUAUCACCUCCCUGUAAAUGUUUGCAAACAAUCAGGGUGUGUGCUCCUAGAAGACUUCUAAAAAGUAAUGAAAAAUAAAUUACCAGUGCAUCUUUAAAAAGGUCCCAACAAGUACUGUUCAUUACUGCUUUAAAGGGCUAGGGCAAGACGGAACUGUUAAACACAUGCUUCAUUCAUUCUUUCAUACAUUUUAAACACUAUUUAAAUUUGGUCAAUGCUUUCUUGACACCCUAAGUAACUUGAUAGUUUGGUAAUAAUUCACUAUAAAAAAAGAUUAAACUGUUUACCAUUUGCAAACUUGAAAGGGGAAGAAAAUUUAGAAUCACAAUUUUUAUGGCCCUAAUGCAGGUGUUGCCAUUUGGGUGCUUAUGGGCACAUAUGUGCUCCCACAAAUGGCCUUCCUGAUUGGCCACAUGGCCCCCUUUUUUUGCUGAAAUUAGACUUAAAAGAAGCAUUGUUUCUGGCCAGUAGAAUGGGUUGCAGUGUGUGCUUGGUUGUGGGCCAACAGCAAUUCAGUUUGCAAAUGUGUCCAUGCAUCCAAAAAUAUUGGCGUCUCCUGCCCUAAUGUUUUCAAAAAUUUGCUUUUGUCUUCUGAAUAACCCCAGGGUAGUAUAUUGCACUUUUUAUUGUAGGAAUUAGAUAUUAAUUCUAGUAUCUUCUGUGUGAAAAUUCACACAAUAGUAGGAAGUGAGGUUAAAAUAAAUAUUUCUCCAGUGUGUGGGAUUCCUCAUUGGCACACAUGUAUGGGACAGGCUGGAUUAUGCUUUCACUUUAAGUAAUAAUACUUUCUGCAGUAAAAAAUAUAGAUAUGUGUUUUUAACAUAGCUUUCAUUUCGUUAAAGUAUUCUAGCGGAUUCCCCCCAUGUUCUUUUCUUUCCACACCACCAUUGUGACAUCAAAUGUAAAUGCAUUCAUAAUGCAUUUUGCAAAUUGGCCUUGCCUUUCUUCAUCUAAUUCUUCUUUACUGAGAUAUUUAAAUACUAAUGAACUGAUCAUUUAAUGAAGUUCUAACACUAAACUUGGUGUUUGUUUGCUUUUAGAAAAAGGCUGAUGACCUUUGUUAAAAUAUGGAAUACUACCGAUUCUGGAGAACUGCAAAGAUGGAAAAGUAUGUGCGAAACAGAUAAUGAUUUCAGCCAACUUUAA